UCGUUCCGUGGUGCGUUUAAGCGGGAGUAACACGGUACAAGGCGUGUGUACCUCAGCAAGUGCAGAGUGAACAGAUACUUAUUUAAACAUUUGAAACCCAGCAAUAUUUGGAGGCUUCCCGCCUAUUCGCUUACAUUUCCGGGUCACCUGUCAACAGAACAGAAGUGGAGACGCUGGCACCGGAAGGCGGUGUCCUGUAGUCCUUGGCGACACCGAGACGAGGCGGGCCUGCACAUUGAAUGGGCGGAUCUGAAGUGACUCUCAGCCACUGGAGACCGAGGGGUGGUGAGGCGGCCUGGCCCGCGCCGUGCUGCCGCGGGCGGAACUCGGUUGCCAUAGCAACCAAUGCGUGGUCCAGGUACCUCGGGCCCAGAGCUAAAAUCCUGAAACGAUGAAUCAUAGUGAGAGAUUCGUUUUCAUUGCAGAGUGGUAUGACCCAAAUGCUUCACUUCUUCGACGUUAUGAGCUUUUAUUUUACCCAGGGGAUGGAUCUGUUGAAAUGCAUGAUGUAAAGAAUCAUCGUACCUUUUUAAAACGAACCAAGUAUGAUGACCUGCGCUUGGAAGAUUUAUUUAUAGGCAACAAAGUGAAUAUCUUUUCUCGACAACUGAUGUUAGUUGACUAUGGAGAUCCAUAUACAGCUCGCCAACUGGGGAGCAGGAAAGAAAAGUAA